AGAGGCGGGAGGAGGCGCUGCCGGGGAGGAGCCGCGGCUGCCAGCUUCGCCCGAGCCGAGCGAGCGCACUCGGUCGCCCCGUGGGUUCCCAGCCUUGCGGCCCCCGUAGGGAAGGAGCGCCGGCCACCAGCGCCGCCGCUGCCCGCACGACUCCGCCACUGCCGCCCGCCACCCCGGGCGCUGCGUUGAGCUCUCCGCGCGCGCGGCCCGGGUGACCGCGACAGCCCCUCCUGUCACUUCCCCGCCCCUUCGGGAGCCCUCCGCUUGGCCACCGCGGCGGGAGGAGGAGAGGAGGAGGGAUCGCGGCGCGGGCUGGUCUGGCCACCUCGCCCCGCGCGCCCCGCCCCUGCGCGCACUCCCUCGCCGGCGAGCUACUUUCGGACCAGGAAAGUGAGGGCGGCCCCCGGGGUGACAGCGCGGCGGCGCCAGUCCCGGGAAGCCGCGUCUGUUCGCGUGUCGCCCGUCGCACCGUCCAGACCCCCCGCCAUGGCUUCGACCACCACCUGCACCCGCUUCACCGACGAGUAUCAGCUCUUCGAGGAGCUCGGAAAGGGGGCAUUCUCAGUGGUGAGAAGAUGUAUGAAAAUCCCUACUGGACAAGAGUAUGCUGCCAAAAUUAUCAACACCAAAAAGCUUUCUGCUAGGGAUCACCAGAAACUGGAAAGGGAAGCUAGAAUCUGCCGUCUCUUGAAGCACCCCAAUAUUGUGAGACUUCAUGACAGUAUAUCAGAAGAGGGCUUCCACUACUUGGUGUUUGACUUAGUUACUGGUGGCGAACUGUUUGAAGACAUAGUGGCAAGAGAAUAUUAUAGUGAAGCUGAUGCCAGUCAUUGCAUUCAGCAGAUCCUGGAGGCUGUGCUACACUGCCAUCAGAUGGGCGUAGUCCAUCGGGACCUAAAGCCUGAGAAUUUGCUUUUAGCUAGCAAAUCCAAAGGAGCAGCUGUGAAACUGGCAGACUUCGGCUUAGCCAUAGAAGUUCAAGGCGACCAGCAGGCGUGGUUUGGUUUUGCUGGCACACCUGGGUAUCUUUCUCCAGAAGUCCUGCGUAAAGAUCCUUAUGGAAAACCAGUGGAUAUGUGGGCAUGUGGCGUCAUCCUCUACAUCUUGCUGGUGGGAUACCCACCCUUCUGGGAUGAAGAUCAGCAUAGACUGUAUCAGCAGAUCAAGGCUGGAGCUUAUGAUUUUCCAUCACCAGAAUGGGAUACAGUGACACCUGAAGCCAAAGACCUCAUCAACAAAAUGCUGACCAUCAACCCUGCCAAACGCAUCACAGCCUCUGAGGCCCUGAAACACCCAUGGAUCUGUCAACGCUCUACUGUUGCUUCCAUGAUGCACAGGCAGGAGACUGUAGACUGCUUGAAGAAAUUUAAUGCUCGACGGAAAUUGAAGGGUGCCAUCCUGACAACUAUGCUGGCUACGAGAAAUUUUUCAGCAGCCAAGAGUUUGUUGAAGAAACCAGAUGGAGUAAAGAUAAACAACAAAGCCAACGUGGUAACCAGCCCCAAAGAAAAUAUUCCUACCCCGGCGCUGGAGCCCCAAACUACUGUAAUCCACAACCCUGACGGAAACAAGGAGUCAACUGAGAGCUCAAACACCACCAUUGAGGAUGAAGACGUGAAAGCACGAAAGCAGGAGAUCAUCAAAGUGACUGAGCAACUGAUUGAAGCUAUCAACAAUGGGGACUUUGAGGCUUACACAAAAAUCUGUGAUCCUGGCCUCACUGCCUUUGAACCUGAAGCAUUGGGCAAUUUAGUGGAAGGGAUGGACUUCCACAGAUUCUACUUUGAAAAUGCUUUGUCCAAAAGCAAUAAGCCAAUCCACACUAUCAUCCUGAACCCUCACGUACACCUGGUAGGGGAUGACGCAGCCUGCAUAGCAUACAUUCGGCUCACACAGUACAUGGACGGAAGUGGAAUGCCAAAGACCAUGCAGUCAGAAGAGACUCGUGUGUGGCACCGCCGUGACGGGAAGUGGCAGAAUGUUCACUUUCAUCGUUCGGGGUCCCCAACAGUACCCAUCAAGCCACCCUGUAUUCCAAAUGGGAAAGAAAACUUCUCGGGAGGCACCUCUUUGUGGCAAAACAUCUGAAAACCAUUCACAUUUGGGUCUUCUAAUUGUCAACAGUGCCACUCCUUCAUUCUGUCCUCAAGGCACCAGGCGGGUGAUCCUGGGACGUCCUCUCCUCUUCAUGCAUGUUUCUGAGUGCAUGAAGUUGUGAAGGUUCUACGUGUAAUGCAUAUGUGACACAUCAUCUUAUCAUGUGACACGUCAUCUUAUCAUGUAUUCCUUCCUGUACAUUGUUUACACUCCAGCUACUGGAUGGGAUAUUCCAUGCAAAACUUUGAUUACUGUUGGCAAACUCUAGAAGGAGCUCAGACAAGAAAAUUCCACAAUAACUCCAAGUUCAGCUGAUCCAUCAGGUUUCUCUGUAUAUGCCAAGAUUCAAAAGACUUAAUUAAAAUUACUGUUCUCUGAAUGACAGCGUGUAAGAGGAAAGGAAAUCUUUCAAGAAUGCUGCCAUUUUUCUCUUUGGGCUUUUUGUUGGGAUUUUGGGUUUGAUUUUUUUUUCACUUUUAAGGCAAAUACAUAUAUAUGCACCUUUAGUUCCUGGUGUGAUCCUGGUAGAAAUGAAUGGAUGGCUUUUCUCUGAAAGUGUUAACGUUGGAUAAAUGGAUGGUAUGUGAGCAAACUCCUGUGUGAUUGUAGGUGCAACAAUCAGUUGGUGUUCUACCAUCAAAGCCAUGUUGAUUUGGGUCAUACUAUGUAUACUGGAAAAAUUCACAUCAUUUACUAGUUUGAUUGCUCUCAGAUAGACAUAGUUCAGUGAAUGCUUGGCACUGAUUUGGGUUUUUCUUUCUUAAAUCUGUGUUCUGUUUUCAUUGUAUUCUAUUUGCUCCUUUUCUUUAUAUUUGUUUUAUUUUUCCAUUCUUUUUUUUUUUGGUCAUUCUUUCCUUUAUCUUUCUCACUCCCCCUUUCUCUCUCUCAUUCUUUUGUGUGUUUAUCUUUCUUUCUAUAGCUGGUAGUGUGUAAAAACAGUAACAUUUGCAUAUGAAGUUAAAAUAAAAAAAUCAAGGUCUUUUAGAGGAAGCUAAAAGUAGCACUUCCAGUCUCUCCAGGUAUGUGGAGCUGUUAGAUUUAAAUAAAUAUUUAAAUAAGAGAAGAAUAAAAUAAAGCUUAGGCUACCACUUAUGCAUAGGUAUCCUUGCUAUGUGGAAAAUGUGGGGACUAUUGAGACUUAUUCUAAGAGCAGUAAAAGCCUACUACAUUGACCUGAUUCUUCCCAACUAAAGAAAUUGAAGACCAAGUGGAAGAUGAUCAGGGGAGGGCAUUCAGUGCCUCCCUUUCACUAGCUAGCCACAUGAGGAGUGGUCUCCAUCCUCCUAGAGGUUGAACUUGAUCUUUGUGACUCCUGCUGUUCUAGCUUCUCUCUUGAGUCACAGUAGCAUCCUUCUUCCAUGAAUUAGGGUCUGUCUAGCUUAAAACAGAGGAAAAGGAAAUGCCCCAGUUUUCUUUUGGUCUCUCGUUUAUUCCUUGUCGAUUCGGUCCCUGGGAGGCUGUUUCUCUGUGCUGAACUGCUUUAUGGUGCAUGGAAUCUCCAUCAGCAUUACCUCCACCGUAGCUGCUCACACUCCUUAGAAGCCGAUUCUUAAAGCAGAAGCAAAAUGAGCAAAAAUAAAACACUCCCUUCCCCUCUUUUUCCUCAUUUCACCUUUUGGUGUUGAUUGCUAAUCACUUUAGAUAUAUUGUUGCUAGUGAAUGUAUGAUAGAUGGGUUGAAGCUUUUCUGAUAAUUAUCACAUGAUUUAAAACAAUAUAUAUUUAAAACGAAUAUAUACAGUAAAUGUAUUGAGCCAUGUUAACCUGCCAAUGAGAUCUGUGAAAAACGUAAUGGCCUCACUUUUCCCUUUUGAAUUUCUUUUACUUUUCUGUGAAGCAGCUCUGCGUGGCAUACAUGUAUUUAACAACACAAAUAGUGGUAGAAUGAUUUGUUUGGUUUUUUUUUUUUUUUACACUUUUAACUUAGCAUGUGGUGUUGAAGAAUUACCAUAGACCCAGUUUGUCUUCUGCACUAAGAUGUGAGGAAAUCGUGACUUGUUCUCUCCAGCACAGUGGAAUUACACCUUCAUCAUCUUCUGUUGUUUGGAAAACACUGCAGUUUACCAUGGGACACUGUAUAUAUUUCCUGCCGUAAUGGUAAAUGACUGAUUGAUAUAUUUAAGAGUUAAUAAAUUUGUGAUUUCUGCUGA